AUGAGUUAUCAUAAUAAAAUUAAUAUAUUAAGAAGCACAUCGGUGGGCAGCCAACAGCCUGAACAUAAUACCCCAAACUUUAACCAUCAAAACACCACCAAUUUUCAAAUGAACAAUAAUACACCGACAUUGGUUGGUUCAUACCCAUCAUACUUGGCACCAUUGGAAAUACCACCACCACUCGACCAAUCUUUUGACAACAGUAACAGUAGUACCAAUCUAAUCAGACAUAAUACAAUCACUUCCAACAACAGCAACAACAAUCCACUGACAGCAAGUGAAAAUGACAUCUCCAAAUCGACUGCCACUGCCACUACCAAUACCAACAGAGUGGUGGAUUCCUUUGAUUUCAGUAUGACAGACCAAUCACUCAGUGAAAGUGUUUCACCUCGCAGACUCAGUCAGACCAAUGAAAUAGAGAUGGAAUCGAUCAGUCGGAAUUCCUGUGAGAUGGACGGUGCCAAGAUUGACGAUGAGCCAAAGUCGUUCAAAGGUGAUAUCGAAGAAAACAACUACGAUCCAUUCGAUCCAUACCACGAGAAAUUGUACACCAUCGAAGAUGUUGGCUGGAAAGGCAAACAAACCAUAAAACUCAUGUUCCAAAGAUAUUUUUUGGGAUUAAUUGUAGCAAUAUUUGUAUCAUUAGUCGUUUUUAUAAUGUCCCAAGUCGAUUGGAGUGGUGAUUCCAACGCCAAUGUAUAUUUAAAUAGAAAAUCAUAUCAUAUUUUCUUUCAAUUCGCUAUUGGUAUCAGUUAUUGGUUCUAUUUCAUCGAUGCCUUUGGUGUCGUUGUAAUGUAUACUUGUGGAGAGGUCAUUUUCGCCUAUAGUAUGUCCAUGCUCCUACAAAGUGAAACUGGAAAGCAACCGGACAAAAAGAAAGCGUAUGGCGUCGCCUACAACUAUUGUGCCCCCGAUAUCUUUGUAACCGUAUUCACCGUUAUCUAUAUGUUCUUUCUGCUGCCAAUCUACUUCUCCAUAGAAAGUGAUAUUCUGCGUUUGGGAUGGCGUCUCGUUAUCCAUCCGAUCUACUGGACCGCCAUCAUUGUUGUGGCGCGUCAGUUCUUGACACGUGACAUCUCGACCGACGACAUCAUGCUCAACACCAACAUCGUGCUCCACACCUUCUUCCACCACCAAACCCUCGGUAAAAUCUUUGUAUAUACAUUCAGUAGCGACGCUCCCUAUCUCACUGAGGUCGGUAUGAUUGUUUCCGCGCUGGAAGACAUCAUCUUGCGUGCACUCGCUUUGAAGCGUGACGAGAUUGUCCUAUCGUUCUACUAUGGAAAGGAGCGUGCUCGUCAAAUUGUAUAUUCUCAACAGUCGCUCCAGCUGCGUGCAGCCAUUCUCAACAUCCAGGUCGCCCUCGAGUUCAGCGGUCUCAUCUCGGCGCCCAUCUUUAUCUACCUCUUCCAAAAGUGGAAGAUGUUGUUCCACUUUUUCGAUACCGGUGCAAUCAAUCCGGUUACACUCUUCUAUCAGAGUGUGCUCUCGAUCGGUCUCGAUCUCAUAGCGGAAUUCGUAUGUACUUUUAUUGAAACCAAGUAUUUCAAGCUGCCACUCGAGCCCACUUGGAAAUGGAUGAAGUCUCACAAGUGGUUCUUGGCAUGGCUUGUCUACGGAUCUAUAACGAUGGGUCUGUUUGGAAUGCUUUGGACAUGCGCACGUGUACCUCGUGCCGGUCUGUGUUCUGCCGACGACAUAUGUACAUGCAAUCAAAUCAUCUCUAGUUCAAUUCCAGAUUUCUGUAAAACAAAUUCAACAAUCAUUCCAUUAUUAAACACAACAACCUCAAACUUUAUAUUUUAA